CACAAAUGCUAUGCUUGACUGAAAUCUCCCGGACAACUGGACUGUCUAGCCAAAACAAAGUAAUUAUUGGUUAAACAUAUUAACGAAAUGAAGUUAAAAACGCGAAUCUGCAAGAAAAGCUCUAUAAAAAACUCGGAAACGGCAGAAGAAAGCAGCAAAAGCACUACAAAUUAUCCCCUGAGUUGCGUGGAUUGGAGCAGCAAUGAAGAGAUCUAUUUUGUGAGCGAUGACCACCAGAUCUUCAAGUGGAGUGACGUGAGCCGGGACUCAGUUGAGGUUGCCAAGCUUCCGGAUGACUUUGUGCCCACGGAUCUGCACUGGCUUUUGCUGGGCGGCAGGAGCAGUGGUGGUGGAAAGGGUAGCGACACCCUGCUAAUCUGCAGUAAUGAUGGAAGAUUCGUAAUCCUGAACAAGAGUGCCCGCGUGGAGAGGAGCAUUUCAGCUCAUGCAGCAGCUAUAAGCUCCGGUCGGUGGAGUCCCGACGGCGCCGGACUUCUGACCGCCGGCGAGGAUGGUGUGAUUAAGAUCUGGUCCAGAUCAGGAAUGUUGCGAUCCACAGUGGUGCAGAAUGAAGAGUCUAUCCGAUGCGCACGAUGGGCGCCCAACUCCACCUCCAUAGUAUUUUGCCAGGGUGGACACAUAUCCAUCAAGCCACUUGCCGCCAACAGUAAACUAAUUAGGUGGCGUGCCCAUGAUGGCCUGGUGCUCUCCCUCAGCUGGUCCACGCAAUCCAAUGUUAUAGCGUCCGGAGGCGAGGACUUUCGGUUUAAGAUUUGGGAUGCUCAGGGAGCGAAUCUUUUUACCAGUGCCGCCGAGGAAUACGCCAUCACGAGCGUGGCCUUUAAUCCAGAGAAAGAUUACCUUCUGGUGGGCACAUUUAAUCUGCUCAAAUUGUGCCACAGCAAUGGGUGGUCCUAUAACACCGCUCGCUUUUCGAGUCCACGUGUGGGCUCCCUAUUCAACCUCUCCUGGUCACCCGAUGGCACCCAAGCAACCUGUGGCACCUCGACGGGUCAAUUGAUAGUGGCCUAUGUCAUCGAACAGCAGCUGGUCUCCGGGAACUUGAAAGCCACCAGCAAGAGUCGUAAGUCGAUUACAUUGAAGGACAUUGCGACUGGCACUCAGGAUAUCCUGGAUUUUCCGCAGCGAGUGGUUAGCUUUGGCCUGGGCUAUGGCCAUCUGGUGGUGGCCACCACUAACCAAGUACACAUCUAUAAUGAGAAGUAUAUCAAUACGCCGAUCAUUAUUGAUGGCAGGAACGACACGAGGGUUAUUGAAGUGGGCAAAAAGUACUUUAUGAUCUUGGAUGCCCUGUCGAUUUGGGUGUACACCUACACGGGCCGUUUACACUUGAAUCCGCGGUAUCCCGGCUCCCAGGCGCAGAUUCCCCUGCUCACCUGGCGCUCGCUAUCUUUGGGUCUGGAUGUCCUGGCCGUAAGGGAUAACUCUGACCCGACUGUGCUCCACCUAUUUGAUCUGAUUCCGGGUGCCUCACGGCAGUACGAUCCCCAUUCUCUGAGGGCCAAGCAGCAACUGGUCCAGAUUGCAGCUUGUCGAGCAGGAAGUCCGGAAGAUCAGUUUGUAGCCUUUAUCGACUCGAAUAGGGAACUGUUUGUCAGUGAGUCCCGCAAUCUGAAUGGCGAACGCACGGAUGAGAUCUACAAGAUCGGCACCCAACUCACCGCCAUUAUGUGGGCCAGCGAAGCAAAUAUUCUGGUGGGGGUACACGACUCGUGCUACAGCAUCUGGUAUUGUCCCGGAGAAGGAGCCUCCGAUCCUACGAUCAUUGCCCUGACCACUAUUACAUUGGAUACGACGGAAUUUGGCAAACACAUCACCAUCGAAAGCUUUGAGGAAUCCGUGCUCACAUUCCGUUCCGCCGGCGCCCUACUCCCCGUCAAUGUUAACAUGUACUGCGAGAUCCUGCAUCGUGCUCUUCUCGAAGGGCAGUGGCAACAGGCUUUGAAGAUCUGCCGCAUGGGGCAGCACUCCAGCUUGUGGGCCACUCUGGCGGCGGUGGCCACCAGGAAGCACCAGUUGCAGAUCAGCGAGGAGGCCUACUCGGCAGCACUGCAAAUCGACAAGGUGAGCUAUCUGCAGCACCUGAAGGCCCUCACGCCCUCGAGUGCCGAGCAGAUGGCCGAGAACUCGCUAAUGCUGGGCAGGAUGCUUGAGGCGGAGACGAUCCUGCUGCACGGCAAGAAAAUCGAACAGGCAGUGGGACUAGUCCUGCGGAUGCACAACUGGCGGCGGGCCCUGGAAAUAUCACAGAAACACAAGGCGGAGCAGCCGGAGUUAGUGCCGCGAGUCCUCCAGGAGAGGAGGAGGUAUCUUAAGGCCCUGCAGCGGGACGAGUGGGAUGCACUGUAUCUGCCCCUGAUGGUUAAAGAAGAGGCUGACAAUACAAGUGAAUAACUUAGUUUUGUUAUUAAAUCACACACUUAAAAAAACA